GCCGCGGGCGGUCACGUGGCGGCGCAGUCCCAUGACCCCGCGCGCAGCGGCCCGGCGCGGCGCGGCCUGGCGAUGCUGUCCCGGCUGCUGCGCGAGCACCAGGCCAGGCAGAGCGAGCGCAGGGAGCAGCAAGAGCGGAGACGGCGAGAGGCCAUUGCUGCAGCCACGUGCCUGACCGAGGCCCUGACGGAUCACCUGAACGUCGGGGUGGCCCAAGCCUACGUGAACCAGAGGAAGCUGGACCAUGAGGUGAAGACGCUGCAGAUCCAAGCUGCCCAGUUCGCCAAGCAGACGGGCCAGUGGAUCAGCAUGGUGGAGAACUUCAACCAGGCGCUCAAGGAGAUUGGCGACGUGGAGAACUGGGCGCGCAGCAUCGAGCUGGACAUGCGGACCAUCGCCACCGCCCUGGAGUACGUCUACAAGGGGCAGCUGCAGCCCUCCAGCUCCUGAGCCCCCGCCCGGCCGGAGCCCCCGCCCCUCCGCCUGGCCGCCCUGCUGAGCCGCCCGCAGGACACCCCUCGCCUGGGCCGCAGCCAUUGCCCUCAAGUCUCUGAGCGUCACCCCGGGGGAGAGGCCCCGUCCUGCCAGCCCGCGGGGGGGACCCCGGCCGCAGGGGCUCUGCUCUGACCCUGGGGGCUGCUGGGCCCUCUGGUGCCCUGCCACAGGGGGGAGCCGUUGGGUGGAGGCCCUGGAGCCUCUCACUGGGCUGCAGGUCGCCUGCCCCUGUGCUGAGUGGCUCGCAGCAGGGGGCUUGGGCAGAGGGUGGCUGGCUCGGGGGGUGGGGGGUGAGAUCCUGUCCCCACCCCGGGGUGGUGCUGCAGGGCGGCUUCGCUGGGGAAUGGAAUAAAAUGCAUCAGUUAAGCUGGA